GAUAUUGAAUUUAUUUGGUGCGUACAUAUAUCCCAUGCUUUAACUGUUGCAUAGCAGAUGAUAAGGCUUGUUUUGAGGAAACCAAGUACGAUCAUUUUGGGACUCCAUGGAAAGGUUAGCGUCCCGGGCAACAAUUUGCUCAACAUUGUGACUGUAAGAUGUGGGCAUUGCACUAAUCUGCUGUCUGUGAACAUGGGUGGUUUGCUUCAAACAGCUCCUCUUCAAGAUCUUCAGGUUGUGGGAUCUCAAGAUUAUCGCAAGGAGUGUGGAUCAUCUUCUAAAUGCAACAGGACUUCUGUAAUGUACUCAAUGCAGAAUGAUCAACAGCAAACUCUACCAGUACCUCCUCCAGAGAAGAGACAGCGUGUUCCUUCUGCGUACAACAGGUUUAUCAGAGAGGAGAUACAAAGAAUAAAGGCCAACAAUCCAGAUAUUAGCCAUAGGGAAGCUUUUAGUACUGCAGCCAAGAAUUGGGCACAUUUUCCCCACAUCCAUUUUGGGCUGAAUAUGGAUGGCAAUAAGCAAGUAAAGUUUGAUGAGGCCAUUGCUGGACCAGGGGGCCAAAAAGCUCAGGUUUCCAUUGAGAAGAUUACAUUGUGAGUUGAGAGGUGCUGCUAUAUUUAAUUUUUGAAUCUUGUAUUCCAGAAGUCAGAGUAUGAGGUCCUAAUAUUGAGAUUACUAUAUAUGUUUAUGUCCUUUGUGGACAAAGGCUGAUAUUUAAGCACCUGGUGAUUGGAUGCAUAGUGAAUUCAACGUUCAUUAAUAAGAAUACCCAUCAAACUAGUAAAA